AUGACCAGUAAUCUACUAAUUAUUUUUGUUAUUUUAAUAAUUAUCAUAAAUUAUAGUCAACUAAUCGAUGGCCGCCGUAAUAAAGGCGGCGGAACUAUCAUUAUAAUCGGCGGGGGAGGAGGCGGUGGUGGUGGCGGACAUGAUGGUCAUCAUCAUCACCAUCACCAGGAUGUUCAAAUUGUUCCCAUACCUAUACCCAUACCUAUUGGCGGAGGUGGUGGUGGUCAUCACUAUCAUCACGAGUCGACUAAAAAAGUUCCCAUCUAUGUGCCGGUACAUACGGGAACUCAUAAACAUAAGAUUAAUGUUUAUGGUGGCCAUGGAGGCGAGGGAGGACAUGGAGGCUAUGGUGGAAUGGGUGGUAUUGGUGGUCACGGCGGACAUGGCGGAUUAGGUGGUUGGGGUGGCUAUGGAGGUCACGGUGGUCAUGGAGGUGUUGGCGGCUAUGGUGGUGAAGGUGGCGAUGGUGGUUGGGGUGGUGGUGGACAUGGAUGGUAA